AGCCAUAGAUAGAGAGUGUGAUCUGAGAAUAUUUAAGGAAAAGAAGAUAGAAACAGAGAGAGACGACUCGAAGAGAGUUGAGACACAACUGUAGACUCAAGUCACACAAAGAGACAACAAAAACACCACUACUACAGCCUCAGAAGAAGAAGAAGAAGAAAAGACAAUCUUCUACAGUUGAAAAGGGUCUGAGAGAAAGAGAAACAGAGCCAAAGUAAGAGAGAUGGAGAGAGAAUGCGAACAAGGAGAAAUGGAGCCAAAGCUUAGACGAAGUUUUACGGGCUUUACUAGUAGGAGAGCUGGUCCCUCUACUCCUCCACCCACGUGGCGCCUCGAGUUUUCCCCGCCGCCGCCGCGAGUCGGCGAGACCAAGGAGUUUUUGGCGAAUCCGGAGGUUUCUGUCAGGAAACUGUGCGCCGAUUUGUGGGAAACUGAACAAUUCAGGCAAAGAAUUGGGUUGAGACGGUGUCGACGACGGGAUUCAGAUGUGGAAUCACCUUCCGGUAGACCACUUCACGAUCAUCAGCCACCGAGCAGAGGUAGUCUGAGGAGGCAAAUUGUAGCAACUGAUGAUCAUAGACUGGUCCGUAGAAAUGGCCAUCUGUUGCAACCAACCUCUCCUGCAAGUUUCAGCAGCAGCAGUUCAUUGGAGGUUGUGGUGCCUAAACCAGCGUUUAGUCAGACAGGUUCUUCAGUGGUUAAGUCUGCGAGCUAUGGUUUGGGUUCGUCUACAAAGCUUCUCAAAGUGCUAAACCGGAUAUGGAGUCUCGAGGAACAGAAUACUGCUAAUAUGUUUUUGGUUAGAGCUCUAAAGAUGGAGUUGGAUGAAUGUAGAGCCGAGAUCAAAGAGGUACAACAACGAGAAAAGCAAAGCGAUAGGCGAGGGAGGAAGGAAAAGGAAGAAGAAGAAGAAGAGGUCAAAGAUGUGUUUCGGUCGAUGAAGAAGGACUUAGAUGAUGAGAGAAAAUUCAGAAAGCAGUCAGAGACUUUGCAUCGGAAGCUAACACGAGAGCUUUGUGAAGCGAAGCAUUGUUUAUCAAAUGCAUUGAAAGAUCUUGAGAAAGAGAGACAGGAACGUGUUCUUGUGGAAAAUCUCUGCGAUGAGUUUGCAAAAGCAGUUAAAGAUUAUGAAGAUAAGGUGAGAAGGAUUGGGAACAAGUCACCGGUGAGUGAUAAAGUAAUCGUGCAGAUUGCAGAAGUGUGGAAUGACCAGAGAUUACAAAUGAAGCUAGAAGAAGAUGAUAAAUACGUUGAAACAUAUAUGCGACCUAAGGAGAAGAGUAGAUCACAUUCAAGUAAAGGAAGUGGCUUGAGAGCAAAACCAGAUGAUUCGGUUUCGAUGCAUCAAAGGGUUUGCUUAAAGGAACUCGAAGAAGGGCUAGAGAAGCGAACAAGAAGAGAUAACAAAUUGCAGCUUAAGAAGAGUUCAAGCCGACUUCUUAAUCUGUCUCUGUCUUCGGAAGGAGAUAAGAUUCAUCCAGAGAGUAGUCCAAGUAACGUUGAUGAUCAUGAGAGUCGUCGAGCAAAGUCUAGAAAUUUCUCGAAGAUUUUUCAGAGGAAUGUGAAUGCGGCAGUGAGAGAAGAUAAUCAUCGCACUCUCAAGGAUAAGCUGAUGGAAGCUCGUGUAGAGAGUCGACGUUUACGUUCUUCUUUGAAACCAGAGUUGAGUCCGAGUGAUCCGGUUCAAGCAUGAGCCAGUUACAGUAGAUAGUUGUCUCAUGUUGGAGUAAUUAUUUUUAGUUGCGGUCAAUGUUUGUUAAUUGUUUACAUUUAGAUCUUUAUCUCUCUCUCUCUACUCCCUCUGGUUAACCGUUAACUAUAGUAUAAAUUUGUAUAUUUUUUAU